AUGUCGGCUGUCUCCAUACCAAAGGAGUACUACGCGUUGGUGCAUGACGUGAAGCGGAUAAGCACGUUGAAUUUUAACGUGUUCACUUUGCGAACUUGUUUGACGGAGAUUGUACUUAUAUUGGGAGAAGGUGCAGCCAACAACGGCCCGAAAAUUGAUCCGUUGUUGUUGCAAGUUCCCCUAAUGAAAAACUGGACUGAAUCUAAAGCGGAGAAACGAGACAAGUACGACCUGGAAAAUGGUCGUGGUCAUGGAUUGAUAGAUGACUGCAUUACGAAAGAGUAUAGAAUGAAAAAACUUGCAGAUGAACAAGCUGAAAGCAGUAAGAAACAUAGUAGUCGAAAGUCAUCCGUUACGAGAAAGAGAAAAGUGGAUUGUGUGUCCGAGGUCCCUGCUAACCUAAAGCCUUUUAUGGACCGGGUUAUGAAUGAUAUGAAGGAAAUUCGUAAGGAAUUGUUUCGUAUGCCGGAGUUAUGCGCACAGAGAUUGUUAGAGAAAAUGAAUAAAACAGGUGUGCGGUACAAACCAGGCACAAUGGCAGAGAAGGAAGGAAAACUGUUUGGACAGAAUAGUGAGUCCAGUGGCCAUUAUGAUUUGGAUUCUGAAGGAGGGGAUUCGUUCAAACUCAGUACUGGUCACUUGAGUAGCUAUAAAGGUGAGAAGGAUGAUCCUAUAGAUGUCCCAGAGCAGUCGGAAAAAAAAGAAGCAUCAUCUUUAAAAACCGAUGAAAUAGAAGCAACAAGAUGGCAAGUGCAACAAAAUAAGCAAGAAGUGUCACAGGGCGUGUCAGAUGGUAAUAGCGAGAUAGAAGAGAAGAAGGAGUUUGAUCAUUCUGUGGAUGAUAUGGUGCGUGCCGCUGUGCAGUACGUGAAAGCGUACGAGCACUCACCAAAACAUAAGAACCAUGAAAUAUUCAACAACGGUAAAGAUGAAGGACUUUCUGCAGCAAGAGUAAUUGACGCUUAUGCGACAUACAUAUCGGAUUCAAGUAUCGUCAAGGACAGGUAUCUUAGAGAGCAACUUGCAGGAGAUAUCCAAGAUGCAAAUGAUAGUGCAAUUAUGUCGUUCCCGGAUGUGUCCGCAUGGCCUAUAGUCCCGUACGACAUGCCUCAACAAGAAGAUGGGUGA